GUCCCUUUCGAUCUGUUUAAAGUGCAUCAACAAGUAAAAAAGAAAAGAUCUAGUAAGGUUUCUUCUUUCUAGGGCUAUGGAUGUUUUGCAUGGAGAGUAAAAUACUAAGGGACGAUGGAUCUCAUUCUUUGCGUGGGACGAAAGAAGGGUUUCGUGUAAUUUCUACCUAAAUCUUCCAUUUGGGCUCAGGCAGCUCUUGCAUGCCUAGAUCUUAUAUUUGAACGCCGACUCGCCUCAAGAUGCUCUCUUCGUUUGCGCGAGGAAUCCACCACAGUGACAAGCUGCUGGGAUCCUCGGUGAAGUGGUCUCUUGCACAGCCUCGGAAAGCGCUUGUAAGGACUUGGGCGUGUUUCAGAUUCGGGCAAGACUUGAACCGCCAAGGGUUUAUUUUGCGCCCUGGAAUCGAGGGCGGAAGGCGAAACCUCUGGACGCCGGAGGGGGCCCGGAGAGCUGGGAAACCGGAAAACACCACGCAGGCGUCCGUGCAAAGGAGCCCCAAAGGAAGCCCAUCCCUGACAGCUGCUGAGAAAGUGAAAGAAGCUGGAAGAGAUUUCACCUACUUAAUAGUGGUGGUUGUCGGGAUCGGUGUCACAGGUGGCUUGUUCUAUGUGAUUUUUAAGGAGUUGUUUUCUUCCUCCAGUCCCAGUAAGAUCUAUGGAGAUGCCUUGGAGAAAUGCAGAGCUCACCCCGAGGUAAUAGGUGUUUUCGGUGAACCCAUAAAAGGUUAUGGUGAAGCAACUCGCCGUGGGAGAAGACAACUGGUCAGCCAUAUUGAAUAUGUAAAAGAUGGACUGAAAUACAUGCGCCUGAAGUUCUACAUUGAGGGUUCAGAAAAAGGAAAACAAGGGACUGUACAUCUGGAAGUGAAAGAGAACCCUGAAAGUGGAAAAUACGAAUAUCGCUAUAUAUUUGUGGAUAUUGAUAUCUACCCUAGAAGAACCAUAAUAGUUGAAGACAACAGAUAGGGAAACAACUGAAAGAACAUUUCCUUGUUGUAAUACUUGUUCAUGGUACAGGAAUUUUCAAAACUGGGAUAAACACAGCAAAGGUUGACUGAAAGGUCAUUUUGAAUUCUCACGAAAUGUCCCUGUAAUGCUAGUGGAACCAAUGGGCUUACAUAUAAUUCUGCUGGAUAAAUACUGGAAGUAGAGAAUCAAGGUUUUAAUUAAAAAAUACUAACAUUAUUGGCGCAUGUAAUAUAAAUUGGCAGCAAGUUGUGGUUCAUUGAAGAUUGUUAACAGUGAAUUGGGUUUUACACACAUACACAGAGCUUUCUAGAAUUUCAUGAUGAAUUUCUCUGAAUUUGGAUUUCAUACCAGUGUUACAAUAAAGAAGACCUACAAAAUA